UUCUUAUUGGAGAAUUGUAAAGCAAUAGGCAUGCGAGGCUUAUCCACCAUAUUACAGUCCUUGUGUUGGAGCUCAACCUCUAAAACCCUUGAUUUCCGAUUCUCAAAAUUUCAUAAGAUUGAUAACUUUGCGACGCUCACUAAGCCAUCUACUAAGCCCAACAAAGCCCACUUGAAACAACAACAAGAACCGAGUUCGUUUGGAUCGCUGUUCAGUGAAAUAACUGAGAUUUUAGGGGCUGAACAUGUCACUCUGGAUAAAACCCCAUCUGGGUUUUUUAUUUGCAAGGAAACCCAUCUUGGGGUUGGUGAGGUUGGGCAAGAGAUUGCUAAGGUGAAUGCACUGGGAGAAAAGGAAGAUAUAACUGUUGUGGAGGAAACCAGAUUCGAAAGCGUAGCUGAAACUGAUGUUAGUCCAGUAGUUCAUGAGGUUACGAACAUUGUCAGGGCGGAAAAUGGUUUGGUUUCGAUGGAGGAGCGGUUAGACGAGUUGGGUUUUCAGUUAGAUUCAGAGAUUGUUGACAAAGUUCUGAAGAGGUGCUUUAAAGUGCCACAUUUGGCUUUAAGGUUCUUUGAUUGGGUGAAACUGAAAGUAUGGUUCUGUCACACGACUAAGACUUAUAAUACCGUGCUGUGUAUAGCUGGGGAGGCAAGAGAGUUCGGGCUGGUGGAGAAGAUGGUGGAGGAGAUGGAAAGGAACUUGUGCGAGAAAGAUGUUAAGACCUGGACCAUUCUUAUCCAGAUGUAUGGGAAGGCUAAGUUAGUUGGAAGAGCCUUGUUAGUCUAUGAAAAGAUGAAGAAAUGCGGUUUUGAACCAGACUCCGUGGUUUUCAGAAUGAUGAUACGUGCACUUUGUGCUGCUGGAAAAGCCGACGUGGCAAUGGAAUUUUACAAGGAAAUGGUACAGAAGGACAUUGGACUUGAUAUCAAUAUGUAUAAGCUGUUAUUGAAUGGCAUAGCUAGCUACGGAGAUACUGCUGCUGUGGGCUUGGUUUCAGAUGACAUGAUGAGAGUCUCACAGAUUCCUGAACAUGCGGUUUAUGGUUGUGUCCUGAAGUCUUUCUGUAUCUCUGGUAGAAUCAGAGAAGCUUUGGAAUAUAUUCGUGAGCUCAAGAAUAAAGAUGUUAUGCUUCUCCCUGAAUAUUUUGAGACUUUGGUGAAAGGACUGUGCAGGGCUGAUAGAAUUGCAGAUGCUUUGGAGAUUUUGGAUAUUAUGAAGAAAAGAGAUUUUGUUGAUGGAAAUGUGUAUGGGAUUAUCAUCAAUGGAUACUUGAGAAAAAAUGAUGUUUCUAGAGCACUUGAUCUGUUUCGUAGUAUGAAAGAAUGUGGAUAUUUGCCUACUACUUCUACCUACACUGAACUGAUGCAGCGCCUCUUCAAUGAGAAUGAGUAUCAACAAGGCUGUGAGCUGUAUGAUGAGAUGCUUGAAAGAGGAGUUGAGCCAGAUAGUGUGGCCGUUACAGCCAUGGUUGCAGGCCACGUCCGCCAAAACCAUAUAUCUGAAGCAUGGAAAGUAUUUAAUGAUAUGAAGGACAAAGGCAUUAAGCCCACUUCAAAGUUGUAUUUAGUAUUUAUCAAGGAGCUUUGCAGAAUUUCAAGGACAGAUGAGAUUCUGAAGGUCUUGGUUCAUAUGCGGGCAUCUGAUAUGCGCAUUAAAGAUGACACAUUCAAUUGGGUUGUACUUCAUAUGGAGAAAAAGGGAGAGAUGGAUAGCCUUGAAAAAGUAAAGCAGAUGCAAAGUCUUUAUAAAUUGCAGCCUCAUGAUGGAGAGGUAUCAAGCAGUGAUGCAUCUAGUGGAGAGAGGACCAAUACAGUGUUGGAGUUGCUACCAAAGAAGAUGGAUCCCUUAUUGAAUUCUGAUGCUUAUGAUGACAAGGAUUUGCAAGAAAUUUGUAAAAUUCUGUCCUCUUCAACUGACUGGUGCUUCAUUCAAGAAGUUUUGGAGAAGUCUUCUGUUGAUUACACUCCAGGACUCGUUCUGGAAAUUUUGAGGUAUCACAGUGGGCAUGGUUCGGUAGCAUUACAGUUUUUCUCGUGGGUUGGAAAGCAAUCUGGUUAUUGCCACACUACUGAUACUUACAACAUGGCUAUCAAAAUUGCAGGGCGUGGGAAAGAUUUCAAGCACAUGAGGAACCUUUUCUAUGAAAUGAGGAGAAACAGUUUCUCAAUAACACAAGAUACAUGGACAAUAAUGAUAAUGCAAUAUGGUCGAACAGGUCUCACAGAGAUUGCUCUUCAGUUUUUCAGAGAGAUGAAAAGUAAUUGCAACCCAACUGGCAGUACCUAUAAGUAUUUGAUCAUAUCUCUUUGUGGGAGAAAAGGUCGAAGGGUAGAUGAAGCAAUUAAAAUAUUCCAGGAGAUGAUCCGUGCUGCACAUAUACCUGACAAAGAGUUGGUUGAAACUUACGUUGGUUGUUUAUGUGAAGUUGGUAAGCUGUCAGAUGCUAGAAGAUGCAUAGAUUCUCUUUCCAAAGUUGGUUUUACCACCUCUCUUGGUUGUUCCUUGUACAUUAGGGCUCUUUGUCGAGCUGGGAAGUUACAAGAAGCUUCUGCGUUGAUGGAUGAUAUUGGGGAAGAGCGAUCCACAUUGGAUCGGUAUACUUAUGGGAGCUUUGUUCAUGGACUUUUGCGGAGUGGACAAGUAGAAGAAGCACUGGCCAAGGUGGAGUCUAUGAAGCAGGCUGGCAUGAAGCCAACCGUUCAUGUUUAUACAUCCUUAAUAGUUCAUUUCUUUAAGGAGAAGCAGAUCAAAAGGGCAUUAGAAAUUUUCAAUGAAAUGCAACAGGAAGGAUGUGAACCGACGGUAGUUACUUAUUCCGCGCUUAUCCGAGGGUACAUGAACAUGGGGAUGAUUGCUGAAGCUUGGAGUGUCUUUCACAACAUGAAACUGAAAGGGCCAUUGCCGGAUUUCAAAACUUAUUCAAUGUUCCUUCAUUGUCUUUGUAAGGCAGGGAAAUCAGAAGAAGCCAUGCAGCUUAUAUCUGAAAUGUUGAACAGUGGGAUUGUUCCCAGUGUUGUCAAUUUUCGAACUGUAUUUUACGGACUUAACCGAGAAGGUAAGCAAGAUUUGGCUCGCAUUGUAAUGGAACAGAAGUCAUCUUUGAUUAGAAAACGUAAGUUCUUAAUAUCAUGAA